AUGAUCAUUGGUAGUGUCUAUUCGAUAUUUGUUGCAAUAUUUAUUUUGAAACAAAUUUUAAUUAUGAAACAUACUGUUUAUAUAAUAACAUUUUCUGUGCUUAUUGUAUGUAUAGUACGAUCGGUUGUUUAUUUACCAUUUCAUUUUGCUCGUAUGUAUCGUCUACAACAAAAUAUACCGAUGACACAAACAUUUUGUCUCACUCAUAUUGUUCUUGAUGAUUUAACGAUCAUAUCAUUGUCAUUGUUAAACGGUUUUUUAGCAUGGAAUUCAUUUUUAACAUUAUGGAGUAGAGAACUAAAUAGUAUUAAAACAUCGACAAUUAAAAUUGAAAUUGUCUUUUCCUUAUUAGUAGCUAUUGUAUAUGCUACAUUGCAUGGAGUCGAUGCUAAAUCAUGUAUUGAUUAUAAAUUAUGUUUGAAUAGUUUAUCAGAUAGUUUUAUAUUGAAGAAAAAUCCAGAAGACCAUGAACAACAGAUUCGUGUUCAAUUUUAUGCUAUGGGAAUUGAAGAUGAUGAAAAACACGAAACCAAUGUUGGUCUAGUUGAAUCAAAAAUUGAUAUUGAUUUGUGGUGUGAUUUUAUAACAAUACUAACUAUACUAAUAACAUCUGCAUUGUCAUUCUGUUUCUACGCAUUAGCAUUUAAACAAAAAAUACAAAUUACAAAUAGUGAUUCAUAUAGAAUUGUUCGAAAUUCCAUAUUAAAAAAUAGACGACAAAUCAAUAAUGAACAAUAUGUGGAGAAUUUCAAACAUGAUAAAUCAAUACAAAAUGAACAUAAAACAGAAAAAUCGGUUGCCGUUGUACCAACAUAUAUCAUUCCUCAGCACAUAAACCCAUCAGUCAAUACAGCCCGUUCGUCAAGCGUCAGGCAUUGUCCAGAAAAGGAAACUAAACAAAUUCAAUAUCAGCCAUCAUUAACAUCAUUAUCUACAACCAAAUUCAUGAAAAACAAAAUAUUACCAAACUCGAACGAAACAAAUCAGAUUGGUGUUGUUCUAUUGAAAAAUGAUCAUAACUAUCUAGAAGCUUCUUCAUUGUUAAGCACAACACAUGAUCAUGUUAAACAGCAUAAUAUGAAUAGACUACGCGAUCAGCUUAUGUGCCCAUUAAAAUAUAUCAAUAAUCAACCCUUUUAUUUUAAGGAAUCCAAUAUUCAACAUCAGUCCCCACCGCCGAUACGUUCAGGAACAAUGAAUAAUACUCGAAGAUCAUAUAAAAAAUACCUACAAUUGUGCAAUAUAUUUCAAACAAAUUUUGUUAUAUCGAUCGGAUUUUUAUUGUGUGUUAGUCCGUUUUCAAUGUAUAUAUUAGACGUGUAUCAACGACGUUUGAUCGAUCUCAAUUCAUGUGCAAUAUUGAAAGCAUUAAGUUAUUUUCUUGCCUUAUGGAUACCCAUAACAAUCACCGUGUGUGAUUUAACCAUUCGACAAAACAUGCAACGAUGGUUUAUAAAAGAUUUUUAA